UCUUCGUUUGUUCGCGUCUCGGCUGCAGGAACAAAGGGGUCCUGUAGUAAUACAAGCAUAGGUAUCACGGUCCUCCUAGCUAAUGUCUGCUAAAACGUAGGUAUUCUAUUAUUGCAGGUCGGUUGAAAUCGGUGGAAGUAGCGGGAGGCUUUUUUUUCUGUCACAUGGCCGCCGCCUUUUGGACCUUGAGAGUAAAUUAUCCACGGUAAACGCUGGAGCUUCCUCCAUCCUGCCGCUCCGGCUAGCAGCGAGGCUAGCUGGCAAGAAACACCGAGCCGAGGCGUUGAACGACGCCGACUUUUUCUGAACCUUUCUCUGCAGGCUGUUCGUCAAAAUCAUUCAAACUGUACUCUCCUAAGGAACCCCCCAACGGUGGCAGCUUUCCCCCCUUCCACCCAGGCGCUAUGCUGGACAGAGAUGUGGGGCCUACACCUAUGUACCCACCGUCAUACAUGGAGCCUGGAAUGGGGAGACCCACACCGUAUGGGAACCAGACAGAUUACCGGAUAUAUGAGCUAAACAAAAGAUUACAGAAUUGGACAGAGGACUGUGACAAUCUCUGGUGGGAUGCCUUCACUACAGAGUUUUUUGAGGAUGACGCCAUGCUCACAGUCACUUUCUGUCUGGAAGACGGCCCCAAACGAUAUACGAUCGGCAGGACGUUGAUUCCUCGAUACUUCAGAAGUAUUUUUGAGGGAGGUGCAACAGAGCUGUUCUAUGUUUUGAAGCAUCCAAAGGAGUCUUUUCACAGUAACUUUGUGUCUCUUGACUGUGACCAAUGCACCAUGGUGACUCAAAAUGGCAAACCCAUGUUUACACAGGUGUGUGUUGAGGGUCGCCUGUAUCUAGAAUUUAUGUUUGAUGACAUGAUGAGAAUCAAGACAUGGCACUUCAGCAUCAGGCAACACAGAGAAGUUUUGCCAAGGAGCAUUUUGGCUAUGCAUGAUCCUCAGAUGCUUGAUCAGCUAGCUAAAAACAUCACCAGGUGUGGGCUGUCCAACUCGACGCUCAACUACCUCCGUUUAUGUGUGAUAUUGGAGCCGAUGCAGGAGUUGAUGUCCAGACACAAGACUUACAGUUUGAGUCCAAGAGACUGUCUGAAAACCUGUCUUUUCCAGAAAUGGCAAAGGAUGGUAGCGCCUCCAGCUGAGCCAGCAAGACAAGCUCCAAACAAGCGGCGGAAAAGGAAAGUGUCCGGCGGAAGCAACGUGAGCUCCGGCGGAGGCGGCAAUAACAACAGCAACAGCAAAAAGAAGAGUCCGGCCAACAGUUUCUCACUCUCCAGCCAGGUACCUGAUGUGAUGAUGGUGGGAGAGCCCACACUGAUGGGAGGGGAGUUUGGUGACGAAGACGAGCGUCUGAUCACACGACUGGAGAACACGCAGUACGAUGGGGCGAAUGGCCUGGACGAUGAGGACAGUUUCAACAGCUCGCCUGCACUAGGGGCUCACUCGCCCUGGAACAGCAAAGCCCCCAGUCAGGAGGGCAAGAAUGACAACUCCCAGUCAUCCCAGUAGACUGCUGAAGUCUAAGCCAGAUGUAAAAAUUUUAAGUUUAAAAACUACUGGAACCUUGCCUCAGCCAUGACAAUAGCAGGAUGGUUGAGGGAGGGCUGCACCGAGCACUUCUAUUGAGUUGAUGUUUAAAACUGUACCAUUGCUGGGAAAGCAGAGUCAGUGAGAGAAAUUAAAGCUGGUGGACCGACGCUUGAAGCAAAACUGAAUCUCCUGCAGAUUGUUGCACAUAAUUAGUGGUGCUCAGCCUCGUCCCCUCCGUCGCGUUGGCUGUUGUCAGUCCUCUUAAAGGAAUGGUAACGGUGUUGUUCGCCUGCGCUUCCACUCUCACCACAAAGCUGAGCCAAUGUUGACGUGUCCCAUCAGAGUACUCACCGCUGCGGUCACGUCGGUGGGUUUUUGUUCCAACCUCGGGUCUCUCAGCUGUGCGUUUUUUUUUCCCUCCCCUUGAAGACGCACCUCAUUGUUUCUGUUGAUCUCACUGUCACUGAAAGAAAAAUGCUUAGCCUUAAUUUUACCUUAACCUGACCUUUUUGCAGGCUGUAAACAUCCAAGUAUGUGCACUUAAAGUGUCAAAAUUCAACGUUCAGUUUUUAAAAACUCAAUUAUUUGUUU